UAACAUGAGUGGUGGAUGUGAUGUUAGCUGGUUAGCCGUUGAGCUCAAGAGCAGCUAGUUUAAUCCUCAGCUCAGGCUAACACCAGGUGGACGGUUACCAACACUUGAGCUCAGAACACUGGAUUUUAUUCAUCUACAGACAACAAGAGGCUUUUUUUGAUGGGGAAAAAACUUGUUGCACAGAUGACACCAGAACAACUGCUGAAGUUUCCGGUAUGGAUGGACUUCCUCCUUCCACCACACACAGAUCAGUAAUUAGACAACUUGACCUGCCAGCCACACAACCAUCAGGACGACUGUGUCUCCAUAAUAAGAUGAUGGACGUCCAUUUACUUCAACAGGAAUAUUGAGUUCACGGCCGCAGCAGUCUAAUUGCCUGGGAGGUUCUCAGCGGGAGUGUGGCAGGCCCCUGGCAUUCCCUCCCCUGGCAAAGCUCUGCGCCAGUGCUGCCGCAGUGCCAGCUCACCCAGCAUUCACACGAGGGGUCUCAUAACCCAGAAGAAACCCCCAUGAUGGGCACUCCCCACUGGAAACGGAUGGGAAACCCCAGGGAAGCAGCAGAGGGGUUGGAAAGAGACAGAGAAGGAGAAAUAGGAUGAGAGUCGUGGAAUUGACCCGGGAACCUGCUGCUCAAGGUGCAUGCACUGAUAUGUGGGCUCGAAUCGGAGAGGAGCCAAUACAAGCGGAGGGGAGGCGUGUCCUCGCUCUUCCCCAAGACCUCCCAGAGCAGGUUGUUGCGUUUUAGCUCUAAAGCCUGGAGACCUCCGAAGUGCUCGUCAGUUUUCGAAGUCGGAGCCAUGGCGACAACAGCUCAGUAUAUUCCGAGGAAUAACUCCUUACCGUCUAACCCGCUCAUGCAUCCGGAUUCGGACAGGAUGCACCAGGGGACGACCUACAGAGAGGUGCAGAAAAUGAUGCACCACGAGUACUUGCAGGGGCUCGCGGCUACCAACACGGGACACCCGAUGAGCCUGACGCACCACCAGUGGCUGCCCACCUCCAACACCGACUGGUCCAGCGGCACCCACAUCGGACAGCAGGAGCACAAAGCCAGCGUGCAGGCGAGCCGAGAGGACCUGAGCAGCGGCUUCCACCACAGAUCUCACCUGGUGCACCAGCAGACGCAGAGUAGCCACCAUGGUUCGUGGGCGCCCACCACGACGCACCACUUGUCCCCGCUGUCCCCAGCAUCCAACGGCCACCAGUCCCUGGUCUACUCGCAGCCUGGAUACACAAACCUCAACGCGAUGUUGAGUCCCCAGCCCGGCUCCCUGCACCAUGGCAUGCGGGACCCGCUCCACGACGACUCGGGCAGCCACGACAACCAGAUGGAGUCGCCCCAGCAGGCGUUCAGCCACCACCAGGACCACUCGGACGAGGACGCGCCCAGCUCCGACGACCUGGAGCAGUUCGCCAAGCAGUUCAAGCAGCGGCGGAUCAAACUGGGCUUUACGCAGGCGGACGUGGGCUUGGCCUUGGGCACCCUGUAUGGAAACGUCUUUUCUCAGACCACUAUCUGCAGGUUUGAGGCGCUGCAGCUCAGCUUCAAGAACAUGUGCAAACUUAAGCCGCUCCUAAACAAGUGGCUGGAGGAGACAGACUCGAACACCGGCAGUCCCACCAAUUUGGACAAGAUUGCUGCGCAGGGCAGGAAACGAAAGAAGAGGACCUCCAUUGAAGUGGGGGUGAAAGGGGCGCUGGAGAAUCAUUUCUUAAAAUGCCCAAAGCCAUCUGCUCAUGAAAUCAGCACUUUAGCCGGCACUCUGCAGUUGGAAAAAGAGGUUGUCCGCGUUUGGUUUUGCAACAGAAGACAAAAAGAGAAAAGAAUGACACCAGUGGGGGUCCCUCACCCGAAUAUGGAGGACGUAUAUUCCCAAGCAGAGACCCCUCCUCUACACCGCACACUACAGAGUCCUGUGCAGUGACUAUUUUCAUGAACAAUCCGAGCAUUUCCGCGGGGGGAUAGAAAAGAGAAAAAAAAAAAAGGGGACUAUGGAGUUUACAGUAUUUAAGUUUGGCUUUUUGUUUUCCAGGGAGAAAAAGAGACAUGGAAAAGUUGAACAGAUGAGUUUUAUUUUUAUUUUUUUGUUUUUUGCCCUUAGUAUUUGGAGAUCGUCAUUUCCAACAAAUAGAUGACGAGAAAGAAAUGUUAAGAAAAUAAUCAUGGGGGAAAAAAAGAGAAAAAAAAAAGUUCGCUUUUAUUGAUUCUGUGCGCAUUUAAACAAAGAUCUUUAUUUACCAAAAUUAUAUGGAGGUGACGAGUAAAAUUUGAUCCCAUGGCUGUUUCGUGAAAUGUGUCAACUGAGGCCAUCUGUGUAAAAUGAACUCACCACAGCGACGUGGUUUCCUGAAAAACCAUCAACACUGGAGCUGAAAACACUGAAUGAACACGUUUUGCUUUUUCAGCCUCAAAACUGAUUAACCAGAUUUCUGAAUAUCGGUGUAUACUUUCUUUGUUAUAUGAAGUGUGAUGUUUUUUUUUCUGUUGUUGCUUUGGAGAUAUGUUUUAACCUCUUUCUGCAGAACUGUCUGUCACUUCUGUCUUGAUUUGCUGUGACUCGUCAGAGCAGCUUCUUUUAAUAUUUGUUCUGUUUACUCAGCUGAUGGAGGAGCAGUGGUAGAAAUCGUGGCACCCGAACAAAAAAAAAAAGAGAAAAGACUCACACUUUAAUGUAUUUCAGAAAAAUGUCCAGUGCAACAGGACGUCUAAGUUCUGACUGCAUGCCUUAAAAAAAUAAUAUUUAAAGCUUUGCAGCUCAUCACGUCGAAAUUUGCAAAACAAGCACCAGACGCUAAAAAAAGGGGCAACAGGCAUUUCUUGUUUUCUUUGAGGGUUGUGUCAUUGUUUUCUUUGCAUGGAGCACUUAUUCUUCUUUUGUUAAUAUUAUUAUUGCAAUUUAAUUUCUUUGCGUUCGUUGAUAAAAUAGUGUGUGGAGCUUAAACCCAAUAAAAGCCCAGCAUGUUUACAGGUCCCUGGCUGUCACCACAGAGCGCACACUGCUCACUGCCUCCUCAACCCUGUUGUUUCCAGACAUUUCAACAGAGAUUGGUCACAUACGAAAUGAAAAGUAAUAAUAACUCAGGUAACUUCAGUGCCCCCACGUCGGAAUAUCACGCCUGUACAUGAAUUAUGUUCCUCUGUGGUUUCUUUAUUUUUAAAAUAUAUGUUUUAAUCUGGUUACUACCACACCGUUUUUCCUUUGUCCCAUAUAGUCAUUGUAUUAUAAUAAAACGCUGGAUUCGGAGUUAAGAAAAUAAUAAUAAUAAUAAUAAUAAUUCCUAAAGGGAAAGCGAUGAAGGGACGUACUUUCGAUAUAUUUAUUUUUUCUUCUGUCCUGAAAGGAAAUCUGAAAAAUCUCAUGCGUUGUGUGUCAUUUCUCAAUGUUGGACCAGUCCAAAAAGCCUACAGCAGUGCUACUCAAUACAAGAUGAGGGAAACUUUUUUUUUCCAAGAAAAAAUAAUAAUAAUAAUGAAAAAAAAAAAGAUUUUAGAGAAAAUGUUGCCAGGAUUAUUUCCAAUAUGUAAAUAUGUCCAAUAUGUAAACUUGUAUUUGUUCUGAGAUAUGGUUUUUGUUUUGUUUUGUUUCUUUCCGGGCAGUUUUGUACACUUACUAAUUCCAAGAAGAUAUUUUAAUAUGAUUUCAUUUAUGAAUCUGACCAUUUAUAUAUAUAUAUAUUUAUUUCUUAAACGUGUUUGGAGCUUUUUUGUUCAGCUCUGUUAAUGGUUAUGUUGCAGUGGACUUCAGUAUGUUCUUAUUUUCCUUUUUGUUUACUACAUUGGUUGUAUGUUGAUUGCUAAAUGUAGACUGCAAAGUCACAUUUAUAUUUAUGUUAUAGUAAUAUUUUAUUACUUACAUAAAACAUAUAUACAAGAAAUGGUCUUUUGUCUUCAUUAAGAUCCAAACCCGCUCGUCCUGCAGUGUGUUGCUGUGUGUGUGUGUGUGUUUGUGGCAUCAGCAGCAGCACACACACAGGAUGAAGAUGAUGAAGAUGAUGAUGAUGAUAAAUGGUGUUCAGUGAGCGCACCGUGUGUUCAGUGGAAAUAGCAGUGGUUCGUUAUGUAACAGGGGGUCGUUUCAAAUCAGAAGCUGUGUACAUGUGCUGUUAAGGGGAGUAGACAACAGUAUUUUACCUCAGGCUAAGUUCACACAGUCUCUGACGUUGUUCACAUCUUUGUGUAAUCGCAGUAUUAAAUUGUGCA